AAAUAGCCUUAUAAAAUGGUGUCCACGAGCAAUUUCGGAACAUUCAACAAAAUGAAGGCAGUCUGGCUAUUAUUCUGCCUUGGGCUGGCCCGCGGGUCCAUCUUCCGUCGGCACUAUCUCCCUCAAAUGGAGAGGUUCGCCCAGCGACUGGACUCGGUGGAGACCCCACGGGAAAACCCACAGUUGGUCAGGCACAGCAUCGUCUACGACCCCACCCCGGCGGCCUCCGGCAUCCAGCAAAACUUGGAGGAAAUCAGACGCGUCAACGCUGACUACUACUCCCCCAACCAGCUGUAUAACAAGAAACACAUGAACAGGAAACUAUCCAAACCCCUUCAAGAUUUCAACGAAGACUUGGAAAAUUACGCUGAGGGAGAAUACUACCAAAUCCCCCAGUAUGCUGACCAGGAGCGCGUCUUCACCGUCAACAAGAGGCUAUCAAGACCGACCCAGGCUGCCAUAUCUAAUGACCAAGAUUUGGAACAAUUCAGACUAGUCAAGGGCGUGUACUAUGCCAUUCCGCGGUACGGAGAUGAGAAACAGUCUUUCUCUCUCCUGAAGAAGAACACUGAACGCACGGAGACUUAUGGAGAUGUUGCUGAUUGGAGAGGAAUCAAAUACGCCGUGGGACCCAACUCCAAAGUCCUCAAGAAGGACAUCGAAAGUAUCUUCUACGAGGCACAGAAAUCCAUGAAGCACCCCAGCGAGGAAACUAAGGAGAAAUACCACGAAAUGUACGAGUCUGUAUCCGCGGAGAACAUUGAAGACGCAAGACUGAACGCUACUCAGCUGUUGAACAAAUACCAGUACCCUGUUGAAGAGCACGUAGUGAGGACAGACGAUGGAUAUUUCCUAACCUUGUUCCGCAUCUCAAAGCAGACAGAGAAAGAUACUACUGAUGAAGUGGUCCAGAAGCCAGUCGUACUGCUAAUGCACAGUAUGCUCGGAAGCGCCGAUGACUGGCUCCUCAUGGGCCCAGGUCAGUCCCUCGCCUACCUCCUAGCCGAUCAGGGCUACGAUGUAUGGCUCGGCAACGCCCGCGGUAACAGAUAUACCCGUCACCACGUCAACCAUCAUGCCGCUAAGGCUGAUUUCUGGCGGUACAGCAAUGACGACAUCGCCCUUCACGACCUUCCUGCCAUGAUCGAUUACGCCCUGAAGACGACUGGCCAGCGCAAGCUGUUCUACGUCGGCUACGACCUGGGUACCACUGCCUUCUUCGCCUUGGCUUCCACUCGCCCAGAGUACAACAACAAGGUUGCCAUGAUGUACGCCCUUUCCCCCAUGGCGUACAUGAGCCACGUCCGCAGCCCGCUGGUCAAGAUGAUCGCUCCCGACAGUCCAUUCUACAAUAACCUCAAGCAGUACCUGAAGGACGGCGAAUUCAAACCCAGCAAGGAGUUGGUUUACACGAUGGGCGGUGAGAUGUUGGAGAACGAGAUCGGAUGCAAGAAGAUAGCUUCGAACGUGAACUUCGUGAUGUCCGGCAUGAACGUGGAUAACAUGGACGUGAAAUCGAUCCGCGUGAUCAUGGGUCACCUUCCAGCGGGCGGUUCCACGCGGCAGGUGCGCCAGUACGGACAGGCGGUCGCGACCCACGAGUUCAGGAUGUACGACUACGGCUCAGAGAUCAACCAGGAGGUGUACGGGGACCGUGUGCCGCCCGUCUAUGACGUCACGAAGAUCCGCACCCCGGUGGCGCUGUACUUCAGCGAGCACGACUGGUUGGCGCACCCCAAGGACGUCCUCAGACUGAAGGAGCAGCUCCCCAACGUAACGGAAUACUACCAGGUGCCCGAGGAGUACUUCAGCCACAUGGACUUCCUCUACUCGCAGAAGGCCCCCGUAGUUGUCUACAAGAAUCUCAUUAACUCCAUCAAUAACAAUAUCCAUAAGAAUUAAUGUGUAUAGGAUUAUUAGUAUUAAAAAACCUCAUAUACUUAGCAUUCAUUAUUUAUCGUUGUUAAUAGGUCAUUGACGCAUAAUAAAUCCGUCCGAUUUUUUUACAUUAAAUAA